GGCUGAUGCGUCUACUCAGAGCUGCCCUCCCUUUCAUAAGCAGCCGGUGGUGACUGUGACAUCGUUGCCAUUCGCGCUCGAGGGUCGACGUCGUCAGCGUUUGGUUCAUGCUUGACGCGGCUCUCCCGAGCGAAAUAGACUAUGAUCAUAGCCUCCCUCACAACUCAGGUUGGCCACCGCACACACACAGGGUGGGGAGCCGACACAUGCACCCGGGAAGGACAGUGGAGAUCACGCACAAGACAAGACAGGAAGGCGUAGCUGGCGGGCAGCUGGGUGCGCGCGAAGAGGGGGAGUGGAGAGCAGACGGAUGGCUCUUGAAGGCCGCCAGGGAUGGGCGUGAUGCAUGCACUUUGCCGCCUGUGGUUGUUGGUGUCAUGUAAUGGUUCGGAUGUCUCUGGUUGUGUGCUGUGUGUGCUGCGUUGUGUGUUCAGUGGCAACGAACGGUACAGCAGGAUUCGCGAGCACACCCGGCAGCGGCUACAAGAAGCGCAAGAUGGAGGAGCCUCCCCCCGGCAGACUCGAGGAGGUGCGACGGCUGAUCUCACCUCUCUCAAAGGACCAACUCAUCGACAUACUCGCACGGGCCGCAUCCGUCCACGACGAUGUGUACAAGGAGGCCGAGGCUAUCGUUUCAGAAAGCCCAGCCAGCAGGAGGCUCAUGGUACGUAUGGUCAGGUGGCACACCAUAUCAAACCAUGCCACACACAACACAAGGUAUUUCAUACCUUCUUCUUCUUCUUCUUCUCCUUCUUCUCAUUGUGUGUCUUUAUUUGUUGUAUGUCCGUCCCGUCCGUGUGUGUGUGUGUGUGUGUGUGUGUGAUACAUACCGUCAGAUUCGCAAUGUUGCGUUCAGCACGACGGACGAGUCGUUCAACAAUCUGAUCAAGACGUACGGCGAGGUGGACGAUGCCGUGCUGGUGCGCGAGAGGGACGGCCGGUCCAAGGGCUUCGGCUUCGUCACCUACAAGGACCUCACAUCAGUCAACCGCAUCCUCAAGGACACCGUCCAGCUCGACGGACGGGAGCUGCUCAUCAAACUCGCCGCAGACCCAUAUGGAUCCAACGCAAGUCGGUGGCGGCACACACGCCUGCACGUGCCUGUGUCUGUGUCUGUGUCUGUGUUGUGUGAUGUGUUGUGUGGUGGUUGGUGCUAUCUGCAGAGACUCCGAAUGAGGGCAAGAAGAAGCUGUUCAUUCGGAAUCUGAGCGACAAGACGACCAAGGACUCGCUGGCCAACGCGUUCAGCCAGUUCGGCGACAUAGAGGAAACCGUCAUCGUACAAGACGUGCACGGAAAGUGAGUGAGCACACCACACACACAGAUGACAUCGGCCCUCCCAUUUCAUGCCAUUUGUGUGGACGCUGUGAUUGAUGUCUGGCCUGGCAGGUCGAAGGGUUAUGGUUUUGUGGUGUACAGUCGCCCGGAGGACGCCAUCCGGGCCGUGCAGCAACCACAGAGGAUCGUAGAUGGUCAGUCAGCACACUCACACACGAACCACUUACCACACCACACCACACCACACACAAUCCUCAGCCCCACACGGAGUGAGUGUACCCAUCUUUCCUGUGUUGCGUGUGUGCGUUGGUGCAUCCAUCGAUCAGGUCGUAUGACGUUUGUGAGUUUCGCGGCGCUGGGCAAGAACGACCGUCACGUCCAUGGUGGCGGCCCCGGCGCGCCCCACUUCGGCGGCGGCAGUCCAGGCGCCCCCCUCUCGUCAGGUGGAUACUCACCCCUGCACUACUACCCCUAUGCACAGCACCGACACACAGCGGCCAUGCAAGGCCACAUGGCCGCCGCUGCCAUGGCCUACCAUCGCUACCCCACACACCCUCACACCAUGCACCCAAGGGCCACAGGGCCGCCCGGCUUCCCCUACCAGCCACAUCAGCCGGGUGGGUACGGCUACCCGCAGUACCCCCACCCACACCAGUCGGGUGGCGACCACUCGCCAUACGCCAAGGCCCACCCCCAGCCGCCCAUCCACCACUCAUCGGCCUACCGCACAUACGGCGCAUACCUCGCCCAGCCCAUGCCGCCCCCGGAGCACAUGCGUGGCCGAUUCGGGGGCCUCGCCGCGCCGCAGUACGGCCAGACGGGCGCCAGCGCGUCGCCCGGCGGUCGGGGAGGGGGCGGGACGGGCCAGGCCGGGUCGCCUGACACGAGGCGGGGCGGGAGGAACGCUCCCGUGCCACCGCCAGGCCAGCCCACCGGGCCGGGAUCGCCGUACGCGACGCAGCACAACGGGACCCAUUACAAUGGACACACAGGUGCGCAAAGGGGCGGAGUGAGUGAGGGACACGGGAUGGGAACCGGUAGAUAGAUAGGGUAGCCGUCGGUGGGUGCAUAGAGAUAGUGGCGUGCCGUAUGACUCGUGCGUCCGAUCGACCGUACGGCUGAUGGAUUGGAUGUGGCCUGGCCGCGUUGUCUGUGUGUGUGGUUUGUCUGUGUGUCCGUCUGGUUUUGUGUGUUUGUUUGUGUGGUCUGGUUGUAGUGUGGGUGGCUGUGGCUGUGGCUGCAUCGGCAUGGGUGACGUGAUGGCGUGGAUGGCGUGGCUGGCGUAUGGAUGACCUGACCACACAACUUGACGGCAACUAGAAGAAGCAAGGGAGGGCGGGCUUGGGGGAGGGGACCGGCAAUACCUCCACACACCUCACCCCACCUCACCACAUCCAUCCAUCCAUCCAUCCAUCCACACACAUGACAUUCCAUCAACCUGUAUCGUGACACACGUGUAUGCGAUGCUGAUGUUGCCUGCCUGCCUACCUGCCUCUCCCCCCCCUCCCUCCCUGCGUCUCAUCUUCUCUCCCCCCUCUGCCUGGUGUUUGUGUGUGCUGUCGGUAGGAGCGGCGAUGGGCGUUGCGAUGGGUGGCCACUCGCCCGGCAUGAGCAUGAUGGGGCCUCUGCAGGGCAUGGGCUACUACAACUCGAGCGGCGCGGCGGCCAACGGCACGGCGGGUCUGACGUCGCACCAGAUGGCGGGCGGGGGGCAGAUGGGCGCCCACCACACGCAGCACGGCGGCAUGGCGGCCGCGCACUACGGCCAUGCAGGCCAGAUGGGGCAGCAGGUGGGCAGCAUGGGGCAGCAGGGCCAGGUCGGGCAGAUGCCUGGACCACCACCACCCUACUACCAACAACAACAGCAGGUACGCAUCGCAUCAAACACAUGGUGAGGGAGAGAGAGGAGGUCCUUCUAUGCCUUCCUUCGUGUGUGGUGUGUUUGUGUUAGGCAGCUGGGUACCCAAGGUAGCUCGAUAGAGGCGGGGUUCGGGAUGCCCGUCUGGGGAUACAUGAAGGGACAGGGAGAGAAAGGGCGUGCCUAAUUAGCACACUGGCUCGUGAGUUAGUCACAUACACACACACCACACAACACUGACACACGGACAGACGGACAGACAGACGGACGGACGGACGGACGGACAGACCGAGGGACAGUUGGGGGGAUGAUCCAUACAUAUGGCAGGCAGGACACUAUAGUGGCGGUGGUGUUUGGUGAUUGAUUCAUCCAAUGGAUAGGUCGUAUCUACGUGUGUUAGUGGGGGGCCGGGUGGCUGCGGUGCAGGGUGCGGGGUGCGGGGGGAUGGGAAGCUGACGGCAGAUAGGCAGGCAGGCAGGCAGGCAGGCAGCCAAGGAGGGGUGGACAGGUAGACACGUGUGCGUCGCACCGUCUGUCUGUCCGUCCGUCCGCCCGUCCUUGCCGGCAUGUCCUUGCUGCUGCUGAUUCAUGAAUCAAUCAAUGAGCCUGACUCAACCUGACUCCCGCCUCACUCCCUGGCUCCUUUCCUCCCUGUCCCUCUCUCUCUCUCUCUCUCUUUCUCUCUUUCUCUCCUGGCGGCCUCACUGACUGCUCUCUGCCUGUCUAUCGAGUUUAAUUAUUUCUGUGCUGGCUGGUUUGGUGGGUGGGCGGAGGGGGGCGGGGAAUGAAAUGGGGCAGGGGAUGGAUGGGAGUGGGGUGGGUGGGGCGGGUAUACCCUAGUGACAGACACGAAGAGUCGAUGGAUGAGUGGUGACGGAAUCAUGUUUCGGGCUACUUACCUGUCCAGCUAUUUCUAUCUAUAAGUCUGUCUGUUGGCUACCGUCUUUGUUUGUAUCCAUCCAUCCAUCCAUGCGUCAACGUGAUCGAAUGAAUGCCUCCUAGCUGCCUGGCUGCCUGGCUGCUUGUUUGUAUGUCUGUCUGUCUGUCUGACUGACGAAUAUAUAUGGCCAAAGUGAGAGAGAGAGAAAGCAAAGCAAGCAAAGAAGGAAGCGAGAAGCGGUGCAAUCAGAUCAGUGGCAAUGAGGUGACCCCUAGUUCGUAUGUAUGCCUGCCUGCCUGCCUGCCCACAUUUCUUAUGUAUCCUCGUCCGUCCGUCCGCCUGUCAGUCUGUCCGUCUGUCUGCCCUUCUGCCUGGCUAGCCUCUCCCCUUCCGUCCGAUCUAUAUGUCAAGUGUCGUUCGUUGUGUGAAGGCGUGGACAGACCGAACGAGGAAAGUGUAGUCGAUUGAGAUGCCAACAAUUCAUUCCACUGGCUGGCUGGCUGGCUGGCUGGCUCGGUCGGUCGGUCGGUCGGUGGGCGGGUGGGUCGGUGGGUUUUCGUGAGUGGGUGCGUGAUUGAUGGUUCAUCGUUGAAAGCGCCAGCCGGCCACCGGCUGGCCAACCGAUGGGACGUCACGCAUCUAUCUACCUAACUGUCUGUCUAUCUGCUUGUUUGGUGUCAUCUGCCCGCCUGCCUGCCUGCCUGCCUCUCUGUUCAUGUGUGUGUGUUCGUGUCUGUGUAUGUGUAUGUGAAUGUGUAUGUGUGUGUGUGGAUGAUUCUGAUUGAGAGUCAUGCAUGUGCGUGAGUGACGUGCUUGUUGCUACUAUAUAAUGAAACCAAUCGAUGGAUGGAUGAUCGUAGUGCCCAUUCCACCCCGCCCCCACCCCGCCACCCCAUCCCUUGCUAUCUAUCUGCAUGUGAGUUCACCGUAUUUAUGACACGGAGAGAGAGAGAGACAACAAGAGAGAGAGAGAGACAGGUACACACUCUGGCUGGCUGGUUUAAUCGUUGGUCUCUUGAUGGAGGCGCUUGCUGGUGGUGCUGAUGUGAUGGUGGAUGGAUGGUGCUCGUAUACAUCGUCCAUUGGGGGGCUUAGCUUAGCGUCUAUGCUGCUUCCUUCCUGGCCCUUCUACGCAGGUCAGGUGGGUCCCUCCCUCCCUCCCUCUCCUCUCUCUCUUUUCCCCUCUUGUUUGUGUAGCGGUUGGUAUGUAUUAUCUGCCGGCCGGCACAGUUUUGCCCCCCUCUCUCUCUUUCUCGCGUACCUUCCUCUGCCUCCUGACUGCCUGCCUGCCUGCUGGCGCACCCAUGCAUCCAGCUGCCGCCCGACCCCACACACAUGCCAUGGCAUGCGUGUGUGAUGGCGGGUGGCCCGACCGACAGCACACAAACACAUGUUAUCUAUGGUUCGAUCGAUCUCUCACCCACGCGUGACGUACACACACGAUGUGAAUAAACACCAAGUAGAGUGAUGGCGGAUAUGAUGGAUGGCCAAUGAUUGCAAUCAAUGAAGGGUGCAUGCAUGCAUGCCAUGACUGACGGUGGUGUGGUCGGAUCGGAUGGAUGGAUGGCUGGAUGCGAUGCGAUGCGAUGCGAUGCAUGGUUGAUGGUAUGGUAUGGUCGGUUGACUAGUUUGGUAGACAGUAGGAGCUUCUCAUUCAAUGCCGCUACUCUGUA